AUGUGGCUGGUCUUUCUCCUCCUGCUGUGGCUGGGCCCUGUGAUCCCCAAACGAAAGACAGGCAGUUGUGCCCAGCCCCAGCCUCUCUGCUGCCCGGGGACAGAUUACCACUGCAAGAGAGGAAGCUGCUAUUGUGAUGAAUUCUGCCGUGAGCUCUCGGACUGCUGCUCAGAUCACAGGGCCCUCUGCAACCCCGGUGACCUGCACGCAGGCUCCCUUCCACCCAUGGCACGGAUGGAUGCUGUAACAGACAGAGCCACUCACACUCCCAAGGUGGUGCUGCAGUUGGUGCUGAGGAUGAGGGGCCCAGUCGACUCAGCCAGCAGCACUCAAGAUUGGGUGCAAAGCGUGGUUCUGCAGCUCCUCCACAGCAGCCUCCCCAGAAGGCCACUCUCCGUGACGGUGAAGGGAAUCAGGAAGGGAGCCUGACUCCUCCUGAGGCUCCUCCUCCAGCCGGGCCAGCAGGACACAUGGAACCGCCACCACCUGCCGUUGGUUGGGGACAAUAUGACUGCCAGUCCAGGGAUGCCUGCCAUCCUGGGAGCCCCCACCCACAUUGGCUUAGCCCGGGGAAAACAGAAACCUGGAAUUGUUAUCAACACAUCUAAAAAAAAAAGUGCAUAGAAUUAGCCAUUAUAGAAACUACAAAACACACCCAGCUCAGAGUGUUAUUCAUUGUGUUGACAUGAUGACAUGCAUGUACAAUUACAAUGUGUAGGUGUGUGUAGAUGCAUAUGUGUAUUGAAAGGAUGAUAAAUGGCACUGGUUACCUCGCCGCGAAAAGGCCUGGCAGCAGAGCGCUUUAUUAGGAGGAAA